CCCGGCCGUUUUGCGGCGGUAAACACGGCCUGUUUUGGCGCGGCUGGACAAGCAAAGGAGGAUCGACAGACAAGCGAACUGUCAGGGGAAUUCCGCUCCAAAAUCCAGUCCGAUCUCUCUGAGCACCUCUUUGUCCCUGCUAACACGCGGCCAGGGGAUCUAGAAGAGAAAUCUGCAGGAAUUUUCGUGCCUGGAGCUCUUGGCAAGCGAAGAAAGGGGCAGGGACUAGAGAACGGAAAGUGAAAGGAUAUUUGCUUUCUACAGUGACAGCCAUCACUUCGGCUGAAAAGGAUCAACCAACAGUUUGUCUUCUCGGUUUUCGCAAGCCGCGGCCAGCCGUGACAGCAUCGUUUCGGGUUCGCGGAGAAACAUGGGGUGCUGUCAACCCUGCUGUCGUUGUUGUCCGGGCAACAAGAGGGAUGAGGAGGAGGAUGAACGUUGGCAGCCCCUGAUGGACCGCAGCUGCACGGAUGUCAUCGCUCUGGUCAUCUUUAUUCUCUUCUGGGUCGGCAUGUUCUUCAUUGCUGCUUAUUCCAUAGCCGGCGGAAACGCGUACCGGCUGGCCUAUGGAACAGACAGCUACGGUAACGUCUGUGGGAUGCAAAACGAGAAGAACGCCAACAUCAAUCUGAAAUCUGCCGGACUGGACAUGACUGGAAGGCCGUAUGUGUUCUUCAUGGAUAUCAUCAACCCUAAGGAUGCUCUGGAGAUCUGUGUCAGUAAGUGUCCCGACCGGGACUUAAACUCCAUCCAGGAGAUCCUGGACUUUGCUAAGAACUCCUCCUCCUCCCUGUGUGAAUAUGACGUGAAGCAGGAGAACAUACUGACGGCAGGACAGAGCCACCUGGGACCCUGUCCCGAUACUCCUGUUAAGGCAAGCACCUCGUUCCUGAACCGCUGUGUCCCCAAGAAUGCCCCAGACUUUCUCGUGAAGUUCAUGGCCAUCCUGAACAGCUACGACAUCUUCUACAAGGUCCUCAGUGACGUCUUUCAAGCUCGCGCUGAGAUCGCAGGGAUGUGCGUUCUGGCAGUAGUGGUUGCUCUCCUGAUGGUGGCUCUCAUCAGGUUUGUGGCAGGUUUCGUCAUGUGGAUCUUCAUGGGGAUUGUGGCUGUUGCCAGCAUCCUUGGUACAGCCUUACUGUGGUGGACGUAUGCAACCAAGAAUCAGGAGUACUACGCCUUACCUGAGAACGAACGGCUGGAUGAAAACGGCAAAGACGUGACGGCCUUCCUGGUGUACUCCAUCAUCGCUACUAUUGCCACGGUGGUUCUGCUGAUAGUCCUGAUCGUGAUGCGGAAGCGAGUGAAGCUGGUGGUGGCCCUGUUCCACGAGGCUGGGAAAGUGUUCAUGCACACCCCGUUCCUCGUCCUGCAGCCGCUGUGGACCUUCAUCGCCCUCGCUCUGUUCUUCAUCUACUGGACUGCUGUCCUGGUCUUCCUGGCUACUGCUGGAGAGCCUACAGUGGACACCUCCACUGGCUGGGUGACGUACCGGGACCCUGAGCCUGUGCGGUACAUGUGGUGGUACCACGUCGUGGGGCUGAUCUGGACCAGCGAGUUCUUCCUGGCCUGCCAGCAGAUGGUCAUCGCUGGAGCUGUAACGCAGGUCUACUUCACUAGAGACAAGAAGCUGGUGUCCUCUCCCAUCCUGAAGGCCACAGGCAGACUGAUCAGCUACCAUCUGGGCUCCGUGGCCAUCGGAUCUUUCAUCAUCGUACUGGUCAAGAUCCCCAGACUCAUCCUCACCUACAUACAGGCUAAGUUGAAGGACAAGGAGAACUCGUGUGUGCAGUUCAUGCUGAAGUGCUGCAUUUGCUGUCUGUGGUGUCUGGAGAACUGCCUCAAGUACCUCAACUACAAUGCCUACACAGUCAUAGCCAUUGAGGGGACCAGUUUUUGUACUGCAGCCAGAAGGGCGUUCCUGGCGCUGGUGUCCAACGCGCUGCGUGUCGUGGCCAUCAACAGUGUUGGAGAUUUUGUCCUGUUCCUGGGAAAACUGGGCGUGGUCGCCAUAGUGGGCGCCAUCUCACUUAUCAUCUUCAGAACUGACGCCCGGCUCCACUACUACGCAGUCCCCAUCCUGGUGAUCUGCGUGUUCGCUUUCUUCAUCGCUCACUGCUUCCUGUCUGUGUAUGAGAUGGUUGUGGACACCUUACUGCUGUGUUUCUGUGAGGACUGCAGGAUCAAUGAUGGUUCCCCUGGCCGAGAGUACUACAUGGACAAGUCACUACUGGAAUUUGUGGAGAACAGCAAUGAGGCACUGAAAAACCUGGAGAAGAAGAAGAAGAAAGAAACUGCCAACGCCAACGCCAACGCCAACGAACACGUGGAACUGAAAGAAACGAUGAAUUCUUCCAGCAAAGCUGACUACGUGUGAAAAGUGCAGCAGAACUUUGCGACAGUCGCUCAACAUAAACAGUGCUAUUCACUCUUCAGUUGGCAAGAAUCAAACCGUAUUCAGGUUUGAAUUUGAUAGUAGAUUUAGAGCCAUUUUAGUCUUUAGUUGUCAAAAACUGACAUUUUUUUAAAGUGUGAUGAACAGAAACAAGCCAUGUGGAACGUCUAAAUUUCUUACGUAAAAAAUUAUCCUGGCCUGCGUUUUUAUGCUGCAUCAAUGCUGGAUAUAUUUUUGUAUUGUUUUACUGUAGAGAGACGUAGAGAAUAAUAUACAAGGAGCUGAUGGUGGUACAAAAGUACAUGUAGAAGAGGUUUUUACUGGCAGGGUAGUUGACAUUUUUUUUCAUUGAUCAGGUGUAAUUAAGAUACCAAAAUCAUGUUUGAGAUGUAGAAAUGGUGACUAGUGGGCUUUAUUUUUAAAUCAUGAUUCAGAGAAAUUUGAUAUUGAAUCCUGAGUUGAUAUUUGCUGCUAGUCAUUUUUUAGGCAAAGAGCAUGCCAUAUAAGGGAUUUCAUUAACCUUCAUUCUGCUGAGUUACCCUUUAAGCAGCAAAUUUUUACUGGUUAUGGCAUUAGGCAGCAGAGAGAAGGUUAUAGUAUCAGUAUAUAUAUAUUUAGUAUGUCAAUGUUUACUUCAACCUCACACCUUUAGGCACGGAAUUUGUAAAUACCUGCUUACUGUGAUGCCAACUAUGUAUUUGCCAAUGGAGAACGUAGAAAGAUGUACUAUGCUUGAGAGCCAUAAGAAGUUAUAUACAUGUAACUAUAGAAGAAAUAUGUAUUUGUUAAAGAUAGGAAAGAAGACAGCUAAGUGCUUGGUAAUGUAUGAGGCUCCUGGGCUGUUGAUCCAGUGUUGUAGCGCUAUAGAACAAUACUGUACCAAUUGUUGGAUAUACAUGUAUGUCUUUGUGAAUUAUUACACCAGCUUUAUACCAAACUUUUGGACACUCUGAAGACUAAGCAUCAAGAAAUGUUGUUGUGGACCUACAAUGUUUGUAAGCCUGAGGCAGCUAUGUUGAAAUAUGAGUAGUAUAGCAUGUACAGUACAUAUAGUGUCUAUAUAUGCAUUGUAGGGGCGUAUGUAGUACGAUGACACAUAGUUUUUGUCUAAAGAUAUCAUGAAAAGUUGUAAGCACUGUGACUGUAUUGUGGACACAUUCCAGUUGCAAUUUCGUUCCUGCUGUGCUUGUGUUAUCAUUAGGCGACACAAAUUUAAUUUGUUGGUUCUCGGAUUCGCCUCUUCAUUUUUUUCUGAUUUGCAAAAAAAAAAAGAUUCUGGUU